GCGGCUGGUCACGUGAUCCUUCGAGGAUGGCGCCGGUCGGGAGGCUGCUGCUGCUUGCGGUGCUCCUGCUGCUGGGCGGGCUUGGCCGUCGGAGCUCGGGGACCGCUGCCGGUCCGGUGCCGCUGGUCAUCUGGCACGGCAUGGGAGAUAGCUGUUGCAACCCCGUAAGCAUGGGAUAUAUUAAAAAAAUUGUGGAAGAGAAAAUCCCAGGAAUUUAUGUGCUGUCUUUGAAGAUAGGCAACAGUUUAAUUGAUGACAUGGAGAACAGCUUCUUCAUGAAUGUCAAUGAUCAAGUCAAGAAAGUGUGUGACCAGCUUUCUAAAGAUCCAAAUCUUCAAGGUGGCUACAAUGCCAUGGGCUUUUCACAGGGCGGGCAGUUCUUGAGAGCCGUGGUACAAAGAUGUCCAUCUCCACCUAUGUUCAACCUGAUUUCCAUAGGAGGUCAACACCAAGGUGUUUUCGGUUUCCCCCACUGCCCUGGGGAGAGCUCGCAUAUCUGUGACUGGUUGAGAAAAAUGCUGGAUAUUGCUUACGCAGAUGCAAUUCAGCGGCGCCUAGUCCAGGCACAAUACUGGCACGAUCCGGUGAAUGAGAAGCAAUACCGCAGAAGCAGUCUCUUCUUGGCGGACAUCAACCAGGAGCGGGUCAUCAAUGAGACUUACAAGAAAAACCUGAUGACUCUGAAGAAGUUUGUGAUGGUGCGGUUCCUCAAUGACACAAUGGUAGAUCCCCCGGCCUCCGAGUGGUUUGGUUACUACCGGAGCGGCCAGACUAAGGAGACCAUUCCUCUUCAAGAGACGACACUCUACACGGAGGAUCGUUUGGGCCUGAAGGAAAUGGACCAAGCAGGGAAGCUGGUGUUCCUUCAGGCAGAAGGAGACCACCUCCGCUUUUCCGAAGAGUGGUUCUUCAAGAACAUAGUGCCAUUUCUGCAGUGAUGCCGAUGAGCCAGGCUGUUCUAGCGUAGGGUUUGGUAGCUGGAGGUAUUUUCAUAGCAAGGUGGGAUACGUUUCACAGAGGGCUAUCUUGAAAGACAAGCUGUUUGUACUAACCUGCUAGGCUACUGUUCCGUUUCAGGAUUAACAGUUUAGUCACGUUCAACUGCAAGUAUUUAAAACUUUUUCAAAACCCAACCUGGCCUCGUCUCCAGGACUUGCCUGCUGCAGAUGAGCCUGUUACCAUUGUUUGGGGAGUGUGUGGAUACCAUUCCUCACCGUGUAAAAUUUCCACAUCAGGUGGGUGCGAUACAAGUCACAUUUGACAGAGGGACCACUUCUGUGAUUUUGUUAAAGUGUCAGUCUAAAAUUCAAAAGCCCUGUAAAUGCCAUUGUGUAAGUUGCUCUGAAUGGAGAUAUUGAAUAGGUUUAGUAGGGCUGCAUUCUGAAUGAGGCAUGGAGGGGUGAGGUGUUUCCGCAGCUGAGAUUUUUGUCUGGAAACUGUGAGCUUUCAUGGGUAGAAGGCAUCACUGUCAAUGCUGGAAGGAAGUCUGAUAGAAAAGCCAUUGAUUAGAUUUCCCAAAACAGGGGGCA